AUGUUAUCCAGAUCUGUCCGUAAUUCUAUUAAAUCUCAAUCAAUCAAAUCAAUGAAGUUGGUCCCCACUUCUGCUAAGAUAUUAGUUUCUCAUGAAACUAUAAAUGCUAAUUUGAAUAAAAGAUGUUAUUCAGUUUAUAAUAAGACCAAUUAUAAUAAAAAUCAAAUUAAAUUUACCAAUGUAAGUUGUAAUUUCAAUUACAAUUUGAAAAGAUUCAAUUCUACCUCAGUCAAAGUGCCUCCAAUGGCUGAAUCUUUAACUGAAGGUUCUUUGAAGGAAUUUUCAAAAUCUGUGGGUGAAUAUAUUAAGGAAGAUGAAUUAUUGGCUACUAUUGAAACUGAUAAGAUCGAUAUAGAAGUCAAUUCUCCAGUGACUGGGAAGAUUGUAAAAUUGAAUUUCAAACCAGAAGAUACUGUCACUGUAGGUGAAGAAUUAGCUGUCAUUGAACCAGGUGAAGCUCCUGCUGGUGGUGCUGCUCCAGCUGCUUCUGAUGCUGCUCCUACACCAGCCAAGGAAGAAGCUCCUGCUCAGACUCAAGCUGCUCCUGCUCAGACUCAAGCUGCUGCUCCAGCUGCUUCAAAACCAGCUGCUCCAACUCCAAAAAAGGAAGCUCCACCUGCCAUUUCCUUAGAAGAACCAGUACGUACAACUUCAUUUUCCAGAAAUGAAAACAAAAUCAAGAUGAACCGUAUGAGAUUAAGAAUUGCAGAAAGAUUAAAGGAAUCUCAAAACACUGCCGCUUCAUUAACUACUUUCAAUGAAGUUGAUAUGUCUGCAGUAUUAGAAAUGAGAAAAUUAUACAAAGAUGAAAUUAUCAAGAAGACCGGUACCAAGUUUGGUUUCAUGGGUUUGUUCUCAAAGGCAUCUACUUUAGCCGCUAAGGAUAUUCCAGGUAUCAAUGGUGCCAUUGUUGAUGAUUCCAUUGUUUAUAGAGAUUACUGUGAUAUUUCUAUUGCUGUGGCUACACCAAAAGGUUUAGUGACUCCAGUGAUACGUAAUGCUGAAUCAUUAUCUGUUUUAGAAAUUGAAAACGAAAUUGUUAGAUUAAGUACAAAGGCAAGAUCUAAUAAAUUGACUCUUGAAGAUAUGACCGGUGGUACUUUUACUAUUUCUAAUGGUGGUGUGUUUGGUUCUUUAAUGGGUACUCCAAUUAUUAAUACUCCACAAACUGCCGUCUUAGGUUUACAUGGUGUUAAACAAAGACCAGUUACAUUGCCAGAUGGUAAGAUUGAAUCAAGACCAAUGAUGUAUUUAGCAUUGACUUAUGACCAUAGAUUAGUUGAUGGUAGAGAAGCUGUGAUUUUCUUGAGAACUGUUAAAGAAUUGAUUGAAGAUCCAAGAAAGAUGUUGUUGUUUUGA